AUGCCUUCCGAUGUCGACCUUUGCAUCGUUUGCAACGCUAAAUGGAUAGUAGAUGCCGAUUACAUCGAAGUGUUCAGCGAGGAGCCUGCCACAGAAACCGAUUUACAUUUAGCUACCUUAGUGUAUAAGCUGUUAAAUAAAGAAAUCAAGCCGGACUACAACAAGUUCCAAUUCAUAUGUAAGAAAUGCUUUACGUUGCUGUCGGAACUCGAGGAACUCCAAACUAGAGUGAAUGAAAUAAAAAGCGAAAUUCUUGUACAACGGAUUUCGGACGACGACUGCAUUAAACAAGAACUAGUCGAUAAAUCUCAAGAGAACGACGUUGAUGUUACGAAGAAAUUAUUGUUCAUCCCUUCUUCCGAUGAGGAUUCUGUACAAAUUUCCGCUGAUAAAUCGAGUUUUCAAGACAUACAUUUAGAAUUAGAUGGAAUUCACGGUGUGGUGGAUAUCGACCAAGAAAUCGAGCAGCAACAAAAAGAAAACGAAAUGGAAAUUGAAGCCAGCAUAGAAUAUCAAGGAUUCUCCACCGAUGAUGGAGAAAUAAUUUUGGACACCGGUGCAAUUGAGCAAUCUUCCGACGAGGAUUUCGAUCUGUCCAAAAAUGUCCAACUCAAAAACGUCUCGUUGGGUAAAACGGCGAGUUUCGUCGAUGUUCCCAUUAACAAUCAAGACAUUCAUUUAAAACUAACCGACGCCAACAAAUCGAACUCCACCGAAGUGGAUAAAAAACCGAUAAUCCUCAGGAAAAAACACCAACAAAUCAUCUCCGAAUCGGCCAGCAACGAAGACGACAAAAAAUCCGAAUCCACCGUCUCCCUACCGGUAGUCUCCAAAGAAGGCAACCUGUACACCUGCCUCCUCUGCGAAGGCGACGAAACCGUAGCAGGCGAAGCCAAAGCCAUCAUCGCCCACGCCAAGGACGCCCACGACCUGCGACUGUACAUCUGCGACGUGUGCGGCCAGGAUUUCUGCAAGCGCAACCAACUCUCGGCCCACAUGGACGAGCACGUCGCCGCCGAAGAGGGCGACUUCCAAUGCGAGGUGUGCAACCGCAUCUUCACCAAUCUGCGGCUGUUCCGCAUCCACAAGCGCAUGCACUAUCCGCAGAGCAAGGCGUGGGUGUGCGACACGUGCGGCAAAAAGUACAGCAGCAAGAACCUGCUCGAGGAGCACGUCAACACGCACCUGGGGCUGCGGCCGUACGUGUGCGGCGUCUGCGGCAAGGACUUCGCCAGCAAGUACACGUACAAGGCGCACGAGAAGACGCACGAACUGCGGCCGCGGCCCUACAAGUGCGCCCAGUGCAACAAGUCGUUUUUGAACCAGCAGAAUCUGACGCAGCACGAGCGCACCCACUUGGGCAUGAAGGAGUACACGUGCUCGUUGUGCAACAAGCAGUUCGGAUCGAUGCACAACUUGGAGGUGCAUUCGAUCGUGCACACGGGUUACAAGCCGUUCGUUUGCGGAUUGUGCGGAAAGGCGUUCGCUCGGAAGGCCGAGAUUAGGGAUCACGAACGCACCCAUACCGGAGAAAGGCCGUAUCAAUGCGAAUUUUGCGGUGCCACUUUCAGUCAAAGGUCAAAUUUACAAUCGCAUAAGAGGGCUACUCAUUACGACGAUAAACGAUAUCAAUGCACUGUGUGCGGUAAAGGAUUCAAACGGAGGCGUUUGCUGGAUUAUCACAUCAAAGCUGCCCACACUGGCGAAAGACCGUACAAAUGCGAAACUUGCGAAGCGACUUUCGUGUACCCGGAACAUUUCAAGAAACACCGGCGCAUCCACACCGGAGAAAAACCGUUUUUGUGCGAAGUAUGCGGCAAGGCCUUUAACAGUAGGGAUAACCGUAACGCCCAUAGAUUCAUUCAUUCCGACAAGAAACCGUACGAAUGCCUGAUAUGCGGAGCCGGUUUCAUGAGGAAACCUUUAUUAUAUCAGCAUAUGCAGGCACGCGGUCACUUGAACGAUACGAUAGUGGUGAAUCAACCCAGACUGACUACAACCGAAGACGAUCCACUUGCCACCGUCAACGCAGCCGAAGUAACCGAAAUGUUCGAAGAGGCAACGACCACCGAGCACAUCAUCAUCGACGGUCAGCAAAUCAGUUUCGCCGAGGUCGGUAGCGAUGAUGAGAACGAAGAAAUCGAAGAAAUGGAACAGGUAGUGGCUGAACAAACGGAUGAAGAUUACGAAGAAGAAAUCAUAACGAGUGACGCUUUAGCUAACGGAGAGACGCAGAUAAUCGAGACUUCAGAGGGGCCGAUGCAGUUGAUAAAAGUUAGGAUACCGAAAGAGAAUGGGGAAGAGGAGGAAGCGUGGAUUAAAAUAGUUCCUGAAUAG